UUUAACAAUUGACGUCGUCUAGGUCACAUCCACAUCCGUACAAUUUCUAUUAUUUUUAUUGUUAAGAGUGCUAAGGAGUUAAACCUUUGACGUACGGACUGAUAGAUCUGAUAGAUUACUUCACAUGCGCACUGACCACGGUCAAAAAAAUAAUCCGUUCAAAUUAGGUUUUCGUUUUCCACGGAUCAGUUCGGUCAAAGUUGUGCUCUUGCUAGGCAUGUUUAUACAUGGCACAGGAAAGUUUGCUACGUCAGUGACCAGUCCCAGUAGUCGGAAUUGUGAUGCAUCGUGUUCUAUUCGGAAGAACAGGUAGAAGUUACAACAUUUGUUUCAGACAGUUUGCAAAAUAAGGAGAAAACUCGUCUCAUUAAUUUGGGCUGAUAACUGAAAUGUGCUGAAAUGAUCUACUGGCAUCAGCUGAAGUAUACAGUCUCUACCAUUCAACACUUGGACUUGAAAUCCCCAUGAGAAAACAGAGGGUGGAAAGAGAGGGAGAAGACAAGUAUGGCCGUCUUUAACACACUUGAGAACGUGGAAGACCUCUAUGAGAUCGGAGAAGUACUUGGGAGCGGCCACUUUGCGCAGGUGCGGGAGGUGCGAGAACGAGCCACGGGGGUUCUCUGGGCGGGGAAGUUCCUGAAGAUCAGGAAGUGCGCCAGCAGCAGAAUGGGCAUAGAGAGGAAAAGUGUGGAGAAGGAGGUGGAGGUCCUGCAAAGCCUGCAACACACCAACAUCAUGGCCCUGAAGGACGUGUUCGAGAGCCGGGCCGAGGUGGUGCUCGUGCUUGAGCUCAUUAGUGGAGGAGAGCUCUUUGACUUCAUCGCUGAGAAGGAGAACCUUACGGAGAGCGAGGCCAUUGAGUUCAUGAAGCAGAUACUACUGGGGGUUGGCUUCAUGCACGGCAAACAAAUUGGACAUUUUGACCUGAAGCCAGAAAACAUCAUGCUGUCAGACAAGAAUGCUCCAAACCCCAGGAUCAAGAUCAUUGACUUUGGGCUGGCCCACCGUUUCCAGCCGGGGGAGGAGUACAAGUGCAUGAGUGGCACCCCCCAGUAUAUUCCGCCUGAGGUGAUCAACUAUGAACCUCUGAGCACUGCUGUUGAUAUGUGGAGCCUCGGAGUGAUCACCUACAUUCUACUGAGCGGGACAUCCCCGUUCCAAGGGUGCACCGACGAUGAGACACUGAGCAACAUCAUCGCGCUGAACUACGAGUUUGACGAUCUUCACUUCAGCAAAACCAGUUCCAUGGCCAAAGACUUCAUCCAGAAGCUCUUUGUGAAAGACGUAAAUGAGAGAAUGACUGCUGAGGAGGGUCUUUUUCAUCCCUGGAUCAAGCCACUGACACGGAAACAGGUGGACAACAGGAACCGUGCGUCCAUCAACAUGAAGAACUUUAAGAAGUUCAAUGCCAAGAGAAAAUGGAAGAUGUCAUAUAACAUGGUGUGGAUGUGCAACCGUCUGCGUCGUCUCAAAGUCAUAUGCAAAACUAGUGCUCCGGCAGAUGAGGAAUUGAGACAGUGUGAAAGUGACCAGGAGGACAACGACAUCAAGCCAGCCUCUCUCAUUCGCCGUAGACUCAGCAGCAGUUCGUUGUCUUGACCACCAGGGGGAGACAAAGCAUCAGGCUGCAGAGCACACCUCCCUUCACAGUGACCCAAGCAAGCCUAUAGUAUUUACCCUCACCCAUUCCCAGACCAUGAGGGCGAGGAAGACCAAGACACAGGCUGACCGAAUGCCGGACACACAAGAAGGAAUUGUGGGGCUCUAUAUACCCACAUGACAGCUGUUGAUGAAAUGGAAUCUACAGAACAAUUGUAACUACUCAAAUGAUUUACUGAAUGGCUCGUACUGCUCGGUAUUACUGUGGUUUAUUGCAUGUUUUAUGGUGCUUUUUCAGUUGUAAAGGUCAGCUGUUAGCAGACUGGUGAUAACACUAGUCUUAUGGGAAAGUUUGAGAUUUGAGGAUGUAAAGUACAGGAUUGGAUUGGAUUAUAUAGGUUUGAUAAAACCUAAAGCAUUUAUUUUACCUGCAGUAUUUUCCUCAUAAGAGGGUGGACAGAAAAAUUAAGAAAACCUCAAAAUGUCAUAGUCUUCCAAGUGUGUUUUUGACAAAUAAACUAAAAAACUAAUAUUAUGAAAUGUUAUAACACAGUCAUACGAUAAAAUAUAAUACUGUAGGACAAAAGCAUGUAUCCUAGUGUCUGAAACAUGACCACGAAGCACUCUUGAAUUGUAAAUGCAUAGUAUCUGAAUGUUAAGAUGAGCAACUAGCAUAAUUAGAACAUCAACACUGAAAGGUUCUGCUCAGAAAUAGGAUGCAGUUCUUUAGUUUAACUAAUAAAGUAAUGUUGAACGGCCUGCAGUACCACUUCAUGCUCUACUGCAGGGGUUCUCAAACCUCUCCAGGGGACCCUCAGACUUUGGAACUGUAUUGUUGUUUCAGGUGUGCCAGCUCUGGAAUCCAUCUAAUACCUGGAAAAGCUGUGCGUCCCCAGGAGAGAUUUGAGGACCACUGCCAACAAGUAGUGUCCGAAUUAGAGUGACGCAUGACAAAUAAUGUUUGUCUGUAAAAUGUGUUUUUGUGAAAAUAUUUGCAUUUUCUAAAGAGUUUCUGUCAGUCCUGGAUCCACAGGGGGGCAAAGCCGGGCACCCCCCCCCCUCCCCCCCUCCAGAUAGAAUCCCCUGUUUUCUUUCCCCUUAAACACUGCAAAUGGUAUAUGGAUUAGAUAUGCCCCCCCAUUGAUAAAAAAUGCCCCCUCAGUCAUUUCAUCCUGGAGCUGGUCCUGGUUUCUGUAUAUUUUUCAUGUUUUUUCUUCAUAUGUCCUAGUGAGGUUAUCUUAUAUUAGCUUUUACUGUAAAGUGGGAUUAUUUUGAUUAAAGCAAAAUUGUUGUCAUGCU